GUGUAUAAAAACGAGCGAUAUCAGCAGCCCCCAAACAGGCAGGGGCGUCAAAGAAGAGGGCAAAAUCUCUCUUCAAAGGGUCAGAGGGAAAGCAAUUCUCAGCAGCUAACAGGCAGAGAUGGGCGGAGGCAAUGGCCAAAAAUCCAAGAUGGCUCGUGAGAGGAACCUGGAAAAGAUAAAAAACGCCGGCAAAGGAAGUCAGCUGGAAACCAACAAAAAGGCCAUGAAUAUCCAGUGCAAGGUCUGCAUGCAGACAUUCAUGUGUACUACCUCAGAGGUGAAGUGCAAGGAACAUGCUGAAGCAAAGCACCCAAAAUCUGAUCUCUAUGCUUGCUUCCCGCAUCUUAAGAAUUGAUAUGAAAGUUGGCAACAACUUUUCAGGAUGGGUUUCGACUACGUCUGUGAUUUGUCAACAUUAGCGAGUUUGAAGCUGUUUCAGUGCUGUUACUGAGAUUGUGUUGCAACUUGUUGAUGGUUAUAACUAGUUUGAAACUCUUUGUGGAAUAUGUUGAUAAAUAUCUUCUCUUAUUCAAAAUCUGGUUACUAUCUCUGAAGGUGGGAAAAAAAAGUGGUUUUGCUGAUUCUUUUCCCUUC